CGAAAGCAAAGAACCCAAUUCCCACUUCCCCUCUCCCCACUUCUUCUCCCAUGGCCCAUCUCCCUCCUUCCUCCGCCUUUCUCCUCUCCCUCACCCUCCUCCAUUCCUCCGCCGCGGUCUCCGUCGAUGUCUCUCCCUGCGACCUCUUCGUCGGCCAAUGGCUUCCCGAUUCUUCCUACCCUCUCUACCAGUACUCUUCCUGCCCAAUCAUCGACCCCGAAUUCAAUUGCCAGCUCUACGGCCGCCCGGACUCCGACUAUCUCCGCUACCGGUGGAAGCCAGCUGGUUGUGACCUGCCAGCUUUUAACGGUCUGGAUUUGUUAGCAAGGAUGAGAGGGAAGACGGUGAUGUUCGUCGGCGAUUCGCUCGGCAGGAACCAGUGGGAAUCGCUCAUAUGUAUGCUCAAUGCGGCGGCGCCGUUGUCGGCGGCGGUGAUGAUGAGAGGAGAUCCUCUCUCAACCUAUAGGUUUUUGGAGUACGAGGUGUCGGUUUCAUUUUACAGGGCUCCAUAUUUGGUGGAUAUUGAUGUGGUGAAUGGGGUGAGGAUAUUGAGGCUUGAUGGCAUAGAGAAGAAUGGAGAGGCGUGGAUUGAGGCUGAUGUGCUCUAUUUUAACACUGGCCAUUGGUGGACUCAUACAGGAAAUUUGCAGGGGUGGGACUAUUUGGGAGAUGAUGGAGCAUACUACAAGGAUAUGGACCGGGUAUUGGCUUUUCAAAAAGGAUUGAGCACGUGGGCUCAGUGGGCCGACCGGAAUAUUAACAGCACUAGAACCACAAUCUUCUUCCAAUCACUUUCUCCAACGCAUUACAAUCCAAUAGAGUGGAAGAACUCAAUGUCUAGAAACUGCUAUGGGGAAACAGAGCCGAUGAGCGGGUUCAACUACACCAGCAACAACUUAGCAGAGGGGAGAAUGAUACAGGUGAUUCGUGGUGUGCUGAAUUCAAUGCGGACACCCGCAUACUUCUCCGACAUUACGCGGCUGUCUGAGCUGCGAAAGGACGCCCACCCAUCCAUUUAUAGCGGUGACCUCACCCCGCAGCAGCGAGCCAAUCCCGACCAUUCGUCCGACUGUAGCCAUUGGUGCCUUCCUGGUCUCCCUGAUACAUGGAACCAGCUCUUCUAUGCGGCCCUCUUCUUCUAA